AUGAAGCUGACAAUUUCUUCCCUCCUCUCCCUCGCCGCUGCGGAAAAAUCUUUCGCCGACAGAUUCGACUCCGCAAUCGAGCGAAACAUUCAGGGCAACUGGGUCAGCGAGAACUUCGGCGGUCGAAUCCGACGAGAUGCCACCGAUCAAGCUACCACUACUUUUGCCCCCAUCGCCGCCAUGAUCUCUUACUUGAGAGGUGAUGGGCUGGACGGACAAGAGCCUGCCAACGAUAGCACUUUGAAGACCAUCGAGGAUACCUACACGAGCUAUGGCUGCUACUGCUGGGCGAACGGUCCCGAAAAUCCGCAAUCUUUCGGUGGUGGACGAACUAAGGACAUGGUUGACCGAGCUUGCUCAGUUCUCUACAGAUGCUACAAAUGCAUCGAUUUGGACUACUCCGCCGACUACACCACUCUCUCCUACACCGCCGUCUUCACCACCGAUGCCACCGGCGAACGAAUGAUCGACUGCUCUUCCGGCAACGCUCAGAGCUCUGGCGAAAAUCUGUGCCUCUGCGACUUGGAAUACGUCAAAUCCGUCGUCCAAGCCAAGCAAAAUUGCGAUGCCGGCAUCCUAACCGAGCCACUUCGAAACAACAAAUCCUAUUGCAUCAACAAUGCCGCUUACCAGACCAUCUCUGGCGGUGGAACCUUUGAUCAUACUGAUCGAGUCAACAACUGUCCUUUGGAAGGAAUUUCUCAGGCAAAGAAUCAGUGCUGCGGAAGAUACCCACACCGACGAUCGUAUGAUGAUACUCGACGAGAAUGCUGCGAAUUCACUCUUGAAGAUUUCGAAGGCAACCAAGUGACAACCUGGAGAGACACCGUCAUUAACCGAUGCGAGCCCCAAAAAGGAGGAACCGUUGUCGUCAACGAUCCCAACUCCGACAAUCCUCAUGCUUACAUCCCAUCAAACUAA